AUGACGACGAAAAAGAUAUUCGUAAUUCUCGAAAACAACCCCGAGGUCAUGAACGCCCUUGCCGCCAAGCUAGGGCUGUCGCCGGACCUUGCCUUCUACGACGUGUGGUCGCUGGACGAGCCGUCUCUGCUCGCCCACAUUCCACGGCCGGCUCACGCACUGCUCGUCAUCGUGCCCCUGACCGACGCGUGGAACCAGGAGCGCGAGCGCGAGGACGUGGCCGACUAUAGCUACUACUACGACAAGGAGGGCGACGGCAGCGGCAGCGAGCACAAGCAGCCACCGCCAGUCAUUUGGUUCAAGCAGACGAUCGGCGAGGCUUGCGGGUCCAUUGGCAUGCUGCACUGCGCCAUCAACGGGGCAGCCGCGCAGUUCAUCGUCCCCAGCAGCGCCCUCGACAAGAUCCGCACCGACGCGCUGCCGCUGGCCAUGGACGACCGCGCCCAGAUGCUCUACGACAGCCAGCCCUUCGAGGACGCCCACGCUUCGGUGGCCGCAAUGGGCGACACGGUGGCGCCGCCAGUCGGUGUUAACGGCGUGCACACCGGCCAGCACUUUAUCGCCUUUGUCAAGGGCGACGACGGCCACCUGUGGGAGCUGGAGGGGUCCAGGAGAGGCCCCAUAGACCGCGGCCAGCUCGCCGAGGACGAGGACGUCUUGAGCCCGAGGGCCCUCGAGCUCGGCCUGAAGCGCAUCAUCAAGCUGGACCAGGACGCGGGCAGCAAGGAUCUGCGCUUCAGCUGCACUGCUCUUGCGCCGCGAGGAGAGAGCUAG